AUGGUGGCAGAGGUUAUGGAUACCGUGAUGGUGGUUAUAGAGAUGGUGGCAGAGGAGGUAGAUAUGGUGGCUACAGAGAUGGCGGUUACAGAGAUGGUGGCUACAGAGACGGUGGUUAUAGAGACGGCGGUAGAAGAGGCGGUUAUGGUGGCUACGGUGGUUACAGAGAUGACAGAAGAGGUGGCUACAGAGAUGAUAGAAGAGGUGGUUACAGAGAUGACAGAAGAAGAGAUGGUGGUGGUGGUGGAUACGGCGAUUACAGACGUGAUGAUGGCAGAAGAGGCUAUGACCGUGAAGAAGGUAGAAGAGGUUAUGAAGAUGAAGGUAGAAGAGGAUUCGAAGAUGAAGGUAGAAGAAACCACGAAGAAGAAGCAGGUAGACGCGAAGAAAGAAGAUACAGUAGAUCUCCUUCAAGAUCACCUCCAAGAAGAGAAAGAUCCAGAUCUCCAGAACACUUUUAAGAAGUCUACAGAUCCGUUCACAACAAUAAAAUAA